AUGCACGACCAAAAGAAAAAGGAGAAGCAGGUACUGUCCCCUGAGGCAAAGGAGGCCGCCGCACAGGAGAACGAGCGUGUUGGUGCUCUUUACAAGUCCGUCUUGGCGUUGAGCAAGACUCACGAGUACAACUCAAAGGCACUCGCGAGCACCGAGGCACUGCUGCUGGCCGUGCCGGAGGCCUACACGGUGUAUAACUCGCGCCGCCUGGCCCUCAACGCUGUAGCAACAAUGCAGCCCUGCGCUGACUCAUCAGCGUCGGUCACAGAGACGAGCAGCGAUGCAGCAGAGGUCACACCAGCCCUUAGCCGUCAGCAGUGUCUUGUGCAAGAGCUGAAGUUCAAUUCAAAGGUGCUCUUGCUAAACUACAAAAAUUACAACGCCUUCCAGCACCGGCACUGGAUCUUUGAUCAGCUGGAGGCGUUGGCCAAGCUGGAGGUGCAGCAGGCGACUGGACAUGCUGCGGGUGCAGCUGUGAACGCCACUGCGCCUGGCACGUAUGAGCUGCUCUGCAGCCUCCUUCGCAAGGAGCGUGCGCAGUGCGAGCAGCUGCUGCAGAUGGACGAGCGCAACUUCCACGCCUGGAACUAUCGUCGCUGGGUCCUAGCGCAAGAGCUCCGCGCCGCCCAGCUCACGGCAGCCCACCGUCCUCCUCAUUCGCCGUCCGCGUCGGCGGAAGACGCAACGCAGCCCUCCACAUCCUCCACGCCGCCACCGGUAUUCUUCUCCCCGGAGGAGACUACAGAGCUCGCGUACACAAUGCACAAGAUCAAGAGUAAUUUCUCGAACUACAGCGCGUGGCAUCAGCGUUCACUAGCCAUUAAGUCCGCGGUGGAGCGAUGGCAAUGCCAGCAGCAGCAGGGGGGCGUUGUCAGUAGUGCCGAGGAUGCGCAACAACACCAGCAGGCGUGGCGAGCAGCACUUUUGGCGCAGCUGCGGGAGGACAUAGAAUUUUUGAAGCAGGCGGUGUACUGCGACCCCAACGACCAGUCAGCGUGGUUCUACGCGCCAUUUGUAUUCGAACUGCUGCGCAAGCACUACCGCUACGAGCCCGAGAAUGGAGACGCGGCGGUGCUGGAGGAAUCCUUCAUGGAUGCCGUGAUCGAGCUCGUCGCCGAUGUGGAUAGGGUCGGUACGGAAGACGAGUGCUACAUGCCGCACUACUUCCUCCUCGACCAGCUUGUGACGCUGCAAGCCGCGUCUCAGGGGACGGUGUUGCCGACUACGGCGGCGUCCGCCGUUCCUGGCACACGCAGCAGCGCAUCUCUGAAGCGGCACAUCACAACACUGUGUGGGAAGGUGCCAUCGCUGCUGGCGUCUGCGAAGGGCGAGGUGGCAGGCGACGAAGACGUGACGAAUGCACGGCGGCGCUGCUUUCGAUACCUGCAUACGCGCUUGUCGAAAGUGGACACGCUUCGCCGAUGCCUUUAUGAUGAUUUAUUUCAGCGCGCUCUCGAGGGAUGUCACUCAUAA